ACAUGACGAGUAUAUUCCUAAAAAGGGUACACAGUUGGUAGGACAUUUAUUCUUUGAGUAAUCGAGUCUACUUCCAUCACUUUAUCAUCCUUUUCCCAAUUUAAAAUUUUCUCUCACCCUCUCCUCGAAUCGCCAAACCUUCAAAAAAUUUCUAGUGUCUCGUGUAAAUUCUGCCUCUUCGUAUCUCUGUCUGUGUACAUAAAUAGAACCAGUGAAUAGCUGAUUGGUAAAGGGGCAAAAAUGGGAGGAGUUGAUGAGACAGGAAAUUCACCACCGCCUUUUUUAAGCAAGACGUAUGAUAUGGUUGAUGAUUUAUCGACCGAUUCAGUUGUGUCUUGGAGUAAGAGUAAUAACAGUUUCGUCGUUUGGGAUGUUCAGGAAUUUUCUAGGCUUAUUUUGCCUAAGUAUUUUAAGCAUAAUAACUUCUCAAGCUUCGUCAGGCAGUUGAAUACUUAUGGUUACAAGAAGGUUGAUCCAGACUGCUGGGAAUUUGCAAAUGAGGGAUUUGUUAGAGGCCACAAACACCUCUUGAAGACUAUAAGUAGGCGAAAACCCUCUCAAAUGCAGGUUCAUCAGGAGACUGCCUCCCAUGUGCAAAGUUUAUCUGUUGGAUCUUGUGUUGAAGUUGGGAAAAUUGGAAUUGAAGAAGAGGUGGAAAGUCUUAAAAGGGAUAAAAGUAUUCAUACGGAGGAGCUAGUCAAGUUGAGGCAGCAGCAGCAGGCAACAGACCACCGCUUGGAAAAUGUCGGGCAGCGUCUUCAGUUAAUGGAGCAAAGGCAACAACAAACGAUGUCAUUCCUUGCUAAGGCCUUGCAGAGCCCUGGAUUUAUAGCUGAACUGGUUCAUCAACAGAAUGAAGGUAAAAGGCGCAUUCCUGGGAUGAAUAAGAAGAGGAGGUUCCCCAACCAGGAAGAGGAAAAUUAUGCAGGCAAGUCGGUCAGUACUUUGCAUGACAGGCAGAUAGUCCGUUACCAGCCUUUAAUGAAUGAGGCAGCAAUAGCGUUGCUGCAGAAGAUCCUUAAAACUAAAGCAUCUGGUGGGCUGGAAACUAAAGUUAGGAAUACAAAUGGUUUCUUAACUAAUCAUGCAAGGUCUUUUGAAAAUACAUUAGACACUGGUGGUACAUCCAGUCAUUUUUCUGGGGUUACCCUUUCGGAAUUGCCAACUUCUUCACAAUCUCAUCUGAUGUCAGAUUCAGGAUUUCCAUUCAACUCCAGUUUAUCUGUCAUUCCUGACAUACAGCAUUCCCCUGGUCUGGUUCCUGGGGAGGCCAAAGUUCCUCAGUUUCCUGAAUUAAAUGCGCUCAACUCUCAGACAGACCAUGUUUCGCCUGAAUUUUCUGAAGGACAUGGGAUCAAUACACUGGAAACUCUUGAAAUAACUGACCUUAAGCAGUCGGAGACUGGGCAUAUGCCAUACAAUGACGCAAUGCAAGGUAUUGUGGGUGGUGUAACAUCCUUUGUCCCUGAUGGAUUUUCUACAGAUGUCUCUUUGGAUGAGAUGCCUAAGCUUCCAGGCAUCAAUGACAUUUUCUGGGAUCAGCUUCUUUUAGCAAGUCCUCUCACCGGCGAUAAGCAUGAGAUUGGUUCUCUAGCAGUAGAAGAUGUUUUAGCGAAGGAAGAGGAGGUUCCAAGAGUUCAAGCGAGUGAUUGUGAUGAAAUGAAGCACAUGAGUCAUCUUACAUAACAGAUGGAGCUUCUUGCAUCAGGCUCCCACAGUGAAUGAAAUUGUGAACUUUAUUUGAAGCUGAAAAACAUCAGAGGUGAAUGCUCUGUACUGGUGGACAGCAAUGCUUUUUUUGGGAGACUGGUGCUCACCAAGGAUGAAGUUUUGAUUAGGAAAAAAUGUUUUCUGGUCAAUGCAUUUUGAUUCAAACACUUCGAGUAUUCGUCAAUUGUAGUUACCAGUGUGGGAUGAAAGGUUCUAAAAGAUUGCCACUGAUGGUAUAUAUGAGUUCUUUUUUUAACAUAAUGGGAAUGACAAUUAGGAUAUGAUGGAGAUGUAAGUAAAAUUUUCAAGAAAAUGUGAUACUGUUAAUCUGCAAAGGUUACUUCAAGCAGAUUUCUCCCAUGAUAUAGUCGCUUCUUUUUUCCAGA